GCCGGAAUGGUGUCUUCCGCAUCGUCAUUGCCCAGGUAGAUGGGAGGACGGCACCUCUGCAGGGGGCAUCAUUUCCUGGGCCGUGGAGCCUGCAUCCUUGAGCCUGCGGGAGGGCUUUGAGGUGUGCUUCCGCGAUGAGCCGGGGCCGACUAGCGCUGAUGAUGAGGACCUUCCCGAUCGCACGGACUCAGACUUC